UCUUUAGUUCUAAGCUUCCUUGUAACAGCUAACAGCCAUGGCAUUUGAUGGCACCUGGAAAGUAGAGAAGAGUGAAAAUUAUGAAAAAUUCAUGGAAGUAAUGGGUAUUAAUUUAGUGAAGAGGAAGCUUGGAGCCCAUGACAACCUGAAGCUCACAAUCAAACAAGAAGGAAACAAGUUCACCAUCCAUGAAUCCAGCAAUUUCCGCACCAUAGAUAUAGUGUUCAUUUUGGGAGAGAAGUUUGACUACAGCUUAGCUGAUGGAACUGAACUCAAUGGUGCCUGGGAGCUGCAAGGCACCCAACUGACAGGCACAUUCAACCGGAAGGAUAAUGGGAAGAAACUUGAAGCAUUGCGGGAAAUUGUAGGAGAAGAAAUGAUUCAGACUUACACCUACGAAGGAGUAACAGCCAAAAGGAUCUUCAAGAAAGCAUAAACAGCUACUACUGGAGACUGAAAUCCAAUAGAAGAGCACUUGUACUUUGUUUACAGCAACAACGUUUUCUUAACUGAAUGCAAAGUAACUAAGUUCUAAUAUUCAGUUAAGAUGUAUUUAUCUUUUAUGCUCCAUGAAUGUUUAACUAAAUGGUGUUGCUGAGUCUAAAUAUAAAAUUUGCUUUUUAUAAAUGGGAAAAAAUAAACACGAUUUCUACUCCUA